AUGACUACAAAGUUGGAUAGUUCAAAGAGAACGAAAGUCAUUGUUUUGGCCGGUACUUCUGGUACAGGUAAGACUACUGUGGCCUCCAACUUAUUAGAACAUUAUAUGAAACAGUUGCCAAACUUAAAGUAUUUAGAAGGUGAUGAUUUACAUCCACCUGCAAAUGUAGCCAAGAUGUCUUCUGGUCAUCCUUUACAAGAUGAAGAUCGAUGGGAUUGGUUGAAAGUUGUUGCCCAUAAGUCAGCAGAUGUUGCUAGGUUAUCUCAUGGUAUUUCCAUCAUUACAUGCUCUAGUUUGAAAAAGAAAUAUAGGGAUUUAAUUAGAUCCACUGAACCUGAAGUUGAUUAUUAUUUCAUAUUCUUGUAUGCUAGUCAAAAAGAGAUAUUUUCGAGACUUGAUAAUAGAAAGGGUCAUUUUAUGAAAGCUAAUAUGAUGCAAUCACAAUUCAAUGAUCUUGAGUUACCUGUUCCAAAUCAAGAAAAAAAUUGUACUGUAAUUAACUUUGAAGGUAAGCCAAUCGAUGUUAUUACUGAUGAAGUUCUAACGUAUGUUGAAAAGGCUCUAUGUGAUGAAGAUUUUUAA